AAAAAAAAAAGAAAAAGAAAAUAGAGUUACUCUCUCCCACUUCAUGACAUCAUCAUAAAACCCUGAACCAAAAACUUCCGAUUUCAAUUUUCGACACUCUAAAACCCUAGAAAGUAGAAGCCUCUCUCAACCCAAAUCGGAAAAAAUGGCUCUGCGGUUGAAGCUCCGAUCGAUCUCAGUUUCCCAAAUUCAGCGCUCUCUCUCAACGUCAUCAUCAAUCCUUAACCCCGACUCCAAAACCCCUCUCACUAGCAAAGAAAAAUCUCGGGCCGCCAUCAGUCUCCUCCGCUCCGAGAAAAACCCGGAGCGCAUCCUCGAGAUUUGCCGCGCCGCCUCAUUGACGCCGGAAUCCCAUAUGGACCGUGUCGCCUACUCAAGUGCGAUUUCCAAGCUGAAGGACCUCAAUUACUUCAGCGGGAUACGAGGCUUGAUUGAAGAGUCCAUUACCCGACCCGAUAUCAAGUCCGAGAGAUCGGCUUCUCACUUUAUUAUCCUGUACGGCAAGGCUGGAUUGCUCGGUGAUGCAGUUAAGACGUUCGAGAAAAUGCACGGGAUAGGCUUGGAAAGAACGGUAAAAACGCUCAAUUCUUUGAUACUUUCUUGCAUUGUAGCUAAGGAUUAUAAGGAAAUGAAACGGGUAUACCUGGAAUUCCCAAACAUUUACGGGAUUGUUCCGGAUUUGGAAACUUACAAUCGAGUGAUUAAGGGGUUAUGCGAGUCAGGUGAUUCGAAGGCUUCAUUUUCGAUAUUAAAUGAGAUGGAAAAGAAGAAUGUGAAGCCAAAUGCCGUGACUUUCAGGCCAAUGAUUGCGGGCUUUUACGAGGAACAGGAUUUUGAGGGUGUCGGGAAAGUUCUGGAGAAGAUGGAAGAGCAUAAUAUCACUCUCGGUGUUAGUACUUACAAUAUCAGGAUACAGAGCUUGUGUAAGCUCAAAAGGUCCAAGGAAGCGAAGGCUUUGUUUGAAGGAAUGGUGUCCAGAGGAAUGAAACCAAAUGUUAUCACUUAUGGAAAUUUGAUUCUUGGGUUUUGUAAGGAGGACAAUUUGGAGGAGGCCAAAAGUUUGUUUGAGAGGAUGGUGAAAAAUGGAGUUGACCCGGAUUCGCAAUGUUACUUCACACUAAUUUAUUUUUUGUGUCAAGGGAAGGACUUUGAGGCUGCAUUGAAGAUUUUUAAAGAUUGCAUAGCGAAGAAUUGGGUUCCAAAUUUCAGCACCAUGAAGUCCCUCGUGGAGGGGCUCGCUAGGAUCUCCAUGGUUGAUGAGGCAAAGGAGGUUAUUGGUGAACUAAAAGAGAAGUUCCCUACAAAUUCGGAUAGGUGGACUGAGAUUGAAGAUGGCUUGGCUAAGUAGAGCAGGAUGGCCACCUUGGCUAAGUAGACCAGGAUGGCCAUUGGCAUGCUUCUAUGUUCUGCGCCAUUCUGCUUUUGGCAUUACUUGGGUCCAAUCUAAUUAGGUUUUUGUUUGUUUCUUUUUUCAUACUGAAUUCUAGUUCAGACACAUAAGAGUUUUGAGGUCACUUGUUUUAAUGUUUUAUGAUUGAUGAGCAAGUUUUAGAUCGUCUGAAUGGAAUGGUACAUCGCGCUUCCACUCAUAAUAUGAAAUGAUACAUGGAAGUAUUUGGGAUGCAGAACUGAGACACUAGGUUCAGGUGCUGUCUUUGGAGAGAUGGGUUAUGCUCUCUGUUAUGUGCUCUUCAAUCAUGUCACUGAAUCGUGUUAUGUACUUCUAAAACAUUCUGUGAUUAUACGAAUCCAUCAUUUGUUAGAAUAGAAGUAAUGUUGUUUGGCACCUCGCAGUGGGCGCUUGCAUAAGUUUUAUGGUUUUUGGCCUUUGCGCUU